AUUGUAUUAAGAAUCAUCGCAUUAUAUUUUCAAAAGUACUAUAACUAUGACAUGACGUUGUUAUAUGACGCUCACUAAACUCUGCACACAUUUCAAUAUAAAGAACGGGCACCAAAAGUCUAUAUUGCACAAUAUUUGCAACAGUGUGAAAUUAUUUUUUAGUUUAAUAUCUCAUUGAAAACACAUUGCGAACGCCAGUAAGUAAGUACGUAUUGAAAACACAUUAAGAUAAAUGAAUUUCAAUCUCAUAGAACUUUACCGAUGUCCAUGGCAAAGACAUGUGCAAGAAUAUUGGGAACAUAAAAAUGACAGCAAUGUACUUUUUCUACAGUAUGAGGAUGUUGUGGAGGAUAUGGUUGGUGCCAUAAAACGUAUGGCAACUUUUCUCGGGCGUCAUUUGACAGAGGAGGACAUUUUAAAGAUUGCUGAGAGUUGUCAUGUCGAUACAAUGCGCAGUAAUCCAAUGGUUAAUUAUGACUGUUAUAAAGAUAUCAAAGACUUGAACCCAAAUGCUGAUGGCGUCUUUAUCAACAAAGGUAAACCCGGUGUCUGGAGAGAUCGUCUUACACUGGAACAGAGCCAGAAAAUUGAUACAAUGAUUGACGAAGUAGGAAAGUUUGGCUUAAAAUUCAGACAUAGCACUUAAUGAUAUGGUAGACAUCUAUACCUGCUAUAUGAAUUGCAAUUCAAAGAUUUUACUGUAAUGAAUCGAUUGAUAGAUAUAGUGAUUUACAGUGCAUGGAGAUUUUAUAUAAAAAAUGUCUAAAUGUCUUUAAUAACUGAAAAUAUUAUCUGUAGUAUAAAGCAAUUUAAGGAAACAUAUUAUAUGUUUUUUUGUUUUUUUUUGCAAAAGCAAAGAGGACAUAAUAUUAUUUUAUCAUCAUCAUAAUUGUUUACUGAAUUGCAAUUUAAAAAACGUUACAGUUUCAGUAGUUGUUUGUUAAAAACAUUUAAAACACACUUUUUAAAACUACUCUUCGAAGAGCUAAACUAAUUUGUAACCUACUUUCAUUUUAAUGUGUUUUCUUAAAAGGAAAACUAAACGAUAGAGAACUACUUUAUUGUGCAUAUCAGAGUAGCUUCCCUUUGAUGUUUAUCCGUAAAUAAAUUAUUCUAUAAUGAGACAUUAUCAUAUUUAUGUGUAUAUUUGUUUAGUUUCAUAUUUUCUAUUUUCAUAAUCAAUAGUUGCAUGAAAAGUAUAUUGUAAUAUGGAUUUAAGAAUAAUUUAUAUUAAAUAAUUAAUAUUAAUAAAUAAAUAUUGAUACAAACAUUUCAACAUGUAAAUCUGAAGUGAAUAUUUUAAAAAUACAGAAAAUAAUAAUUUGUCUUAAUAUAUAUUUAUAUAAUCUUUUGUAUUGUGAUAUUGUUUCUAAUAUACAUGUAUAUAAGUGAUAGUCAUGUUUACUUUUCUGCUGCAUAUUUAUCAGGAGCUAAUGUUAGAAUCUUAACGUUUGUGUCUGUGUGCGCGUUAGUUGGUGCGUGCGACCGUGCGUGAUAUGAUUUUUCUACAUGAUUUUCAUUUGUAUUAUAUAAUUACAUUUGAAAUAGAAUACGUUUAUUUUGAAAAACAUAUGCUAAUCAUUGCAAAACCCUUCAAAAUUUUGUAUUUCAAAUUUCGUCCCGUUUAUUUAACUUGACAUCGGUAUUGCCAAAAAACACAGUCUAAACAGCCCUAGUUAUUCGUAAACAGAAACUAAUUUUCAAUCGAUUCAAAGAAGUUUUUGUCAAAUUCCCCUGGAAAUAAAUUGUAAAAUUAAUUGAAACAAAAAAUCUUUACAUUAUGUUGAUAAUGUGACAUUUCUAUUUGUAUUAGUAAUUAAAGCCGUUUUGUAACUAGUGUUUUGUAGUUUUCUUGUAUAAAAUACUGCAAAAUUCAGAAUAAAUGCAGUUUCGUAUUGCAUCGGAUGGAAUAAAUUCAUUUGAUUUGUAACAUUUUCGGCUAUAUGAGAAUGAAACUGUAUAAUGAUUUAAAAUAUAUAUAUACUUAUAUAUAUAUAUACUUUUUUACCUUCUGUAAACUAGUCUUCCUGUAAAUUCUAAAUUAUACAUAGAAUCACUCUGUUGUCGAGUUUCCUAAAUUAACCGUAAAAAAAUUGUAAUGAAUAACUCAAAUAUAUCAUUAAUGAUGUGGCACAUGUACAUAAUAAAAUCACGAAUUUAAAUUUAAUUUAAUUUCGUGGAUAUUGCUGAAUGUGAGUUACUUUAAAUCACUGCAUAAUAAGACCCACAUAUUCAUAUAGUUAUCUAUUCAGAGGUUAGAUUUGCGAAGGCAACAAUUAUUGAUUUAGAUUAAUGCCAAUUUUUGCAAAUCACUUAAGCAAAUGGUAAUCAGAAACAAGACAAAUUAACACUGAAACGAACGCCGGGAAUAACUUCUAUGCUAAAAUAAAUGAUUAGUCUAUAAUCUUAUUUUCAGUUUAUUGAAUUGCGCGAUGAAGAGUACAUUGCUUAAUCAGUUUUAUAUUAAUGUAACUACAAUCAGUUUUGAAGUAAAGUUACCCUGCUGUCACCAUGAUCUAUGUAAACAGCCUAGAUUGUGUCAUAUAACAUACAUCAUUGAAGUCAGUGACCCUUUUCUUAUUUAAUUUUCAUAAUGUAAAGAUGAAAAACGACACAAAUAUGUUGCUUAUAAAAUGGUUAUGUUUAGAUGCUCGCAAUAACAAUGGACAUCAUUAUUAUUUUUAGUCCAAUACUGUACUUAUCUUUGAUACGCUUAUCUCUCCUUUUCACGGUGUGUGCAUACCUUGGAAUAAAGAAAACCGAAACUUGUACCGGCGGACCAGUUGCCGAUGUCCUGACUGACGGUUGUAUUGAGACUUACUUUUUAGCUAUAAUUGAUAUCUUAAAAAUAGUCUGUGGCAAUUGUUACGUGGAUGUUGUCAAACCAUGUGAGAAACUUAAAACUUCCCGAUGCACAUAAACCAAAGCUUUGAAAACUGUACGAUUUGCAGGACGCCCGUAUCCAUAAGCCUUUAAAGUUAAAUUUGAUAACAAAUAACGAGCGGUAGUUUGUAUAAUACCACAGUUUUCCAUGAAUAGGUUCAUUCAAUUCAGUCCUAAUCUGAUCCAUUUGUAAUUUUCUUUCGUAUUUGUAGAACGAAAUUUCUACUAUUAACCUACUUUAUUGCUGAUCAUAGAUAAGAAUAUCAAAGAGUUCUGAACGGCAGAUAUGACUUUGAAUUUCUUUUAUACAACAUAAUAAUAGUUAUGUUUUAAAAUGGUGAUCCAUAUUUGUAUCCAGCUGUCGCACUUAUGUUUCUUUUUAUUUCAUUCAAAUUAGCUCCAGAAAUAUUUAUGGUUAUAUAUAAAAAAAACCAUCAGUUGUCUUUUGCCUGUGGCAUAAUUAUACUACAUAUUUUGUGAUAAGAUAUUGAAUAUUAAAUGACAGAAUAUCAUACGUUAUCACCAGGAGGGCUAUCUCAUCAGUCUUGUGCCAUUAAGCGAUAUAAUGGCACUUUGUUUUAUAGUUAUUAGUGACAUUUUCACAACAAAAUUAAUGAAAGGGUAAAUUUCCUGUACUCAUGAAUAAUAAAUCUUGUUUUAUUUGAAGAUUCUAUUUAAUUUCUUUAAAAUCUUUUCUUUAUAUUUUUUGAAUACUACUAUGUUUAUAAAUUGUGUAUAAUCAUAUAAUCAUAUCUGUAUUUCCGAUUAACUUAAAAGUGUCACUUUAUAAAAUAUUGUUAUUUCUAUACAUUUUUUAAAAGUAUUUGUAGACGUAUUAUUGUGCCAUCAGUGUUCUGUAAGGUAUUUACAGGCCUUUUGAAGAAUAAUUGUACACGUACCAAUUUAAAAAUAAUCGUUUUUGUAUGAUUUUAAUAUUGAAUAUGAUAGAAUAUUUUAAUAAAACUGUUCAGUGUCCUAGAGAUCAUCGGUAGGAGU